AUGACAUCACAGCAAUCGCUCCGGCAACAGGUGCGGGACCAGAUCACAGAGUACUCGCGUCUGACGCAAGGACUGUUCACGUCGUUCGACAUUCUUGCCGACGGGAAGACACCUCCCGAGUCGCCUAAUGACAUGAUGAAGCAGAUCGUCCAACUCGACAACACCCUCAUGGGCAACGUCGACAAGAUCGAGCAACAUCAGAUUCAACAACGCAAGAUCUUGCAGGUGCGGAAGGAGAUUGAAGGUGUCGACAAGGCGAUCAUGGAAGUGAUCCGGACGCUGAGGAUGGCCAAGGAGACCUUGGAGGCUAGUCUUGAGAACCACGACGAAAAGAUGGCCGCUUCCACGGACGCACGCCUAGCCGAAAUUCCAGUGAGCGAGAUUGUGGCGUACGCAAACAGACUCGGGAACUACACGUCGGCACCGCCCAACUUUAACCCAGCAGAUCCCAACCAACCCUUUGAACCACCUUAUCCUCGGGAGGUCAGCAUGCGUGCCGGUAUUCUGAACCAACAACACGUCCCUGCAGCAGCACUGGUCUCGCUCGAUGGAGGGGUCAUGCCCGGAAUGGCCGGUCAGCCAAUACAACCCCUUGCCGUCCCCGGAGAAAGUGGGGAGGGUGUUACACCUGCGGGUGGUAUUGUUUCGGGAGUAGGAGUAGGAGUUGGCGGAGAUGGAGGAAUAGGAGCAGGAGUUGGUGGUCUUAUGAAUGGUCAUAUGGGUAUGAUGCCGCCGCAUGGAUUGAUGGACGAGGAUGAUGAUGAUUCGGGAUCGAGUUCGGAGGAUGAGGGGUUGUCGUUCUAUGGACGGAACAAGGAAAGGCAGGACCAGCAACAGCAACAGCAACAGCAACAGCAACAGCAACAGCAACAGCAGCAACAGCAGCAACAGGAGCCUGAUGAUGAGGAUGCAGCCGAUAUCUUUGAUCUCGAUCUCAGUUAG